AGCAUGGUGUUUUGUUGCUUGUUUACAACAUAAUCAGGCAACAGACACAGUACAUAAAAGGUGUUACACAGCAUCAGACAUAUCAAGAAUACCAGAAAUUUGUCUACUUUGUCAAUAAGACCAUGCUAAACUGUACAUAUCAAGAAGUUCAAGGGAAGUAAUAUAAAGCUACUCCGAUAGUUGUAUACUUUUAUCCACCACAUUAUUUUGAACCAACAUUUUGUACCUUUAAAUGUAGUAUUUAUACUUGUCUUCCGAAGUUUAAGGAUUUCAUCCUUCACUCUCAAUAUUUCUCAGAAAGGAACACAUCUUCCCGUCAAAAUUAUUGGAUGACUUUGGCAACCUUGGGCCACCUAUGAACUGAAAAGUGUUCUAUGUGUUGGAGUACCCAGAAUGGAUCGACCAAAGGUUCUCUUUUGGGAAAGUACCAGCCCAGUGCCCGAAAUGCCGGAGAGUGGAAAGUCCUGGUCUCGACAGGGAAAUGACGGUAGUGUUCUUGGAGACAGUGUUUUCGCAUGGCUGACAUUAAUGACAGCCCGAUGCUCUGCACUCACUGAAUGUUUUCAUUCCAGAAGAGCAUCAAAACCACUGAGUCCUUUCAAGUCAUCUUCUUUUACUGCAAAACCAGAAACCAUGCCGACAACGACUUUCGCUCAAAUUGAAAUUAUUCCAUGCAAGAUCUGUGGAGACAAAUCAUCAGGAAUCCAUUAUGGUGUCAUUACAUGUGAAGGCUGCAAGGGCUUUUUCAGGAGAAGUCAGCAAAGCAAUGCCACCUACUCCUGUCCUCGUCAGAAGAACUGUUUGAUUGAUCGAACCAGUAGAAACCGCUGCCAACACUGUCGAUUACAGAAAUGCCUUGCUGUAGGGAUGUCUCGAGAUGCUGUAAAAUUUGGCCGAAUGUCGAAGAAGCAGAGAGACAGCUUAUACGCAGAAGUGCAGAAACACCGGAUGCAGCAGCAGCAGCGAGACCACCAGCAGCAGCCCGGAGAGGCCGAGCCGCUGACUCCAACCUACAACAUCUCGGCCAACGGGCUGACGGAACUACACGACGACCUCAGCAACUACAUCGACGGGCACACCCCUGAGGGGAGCAAGGCAGACUCUGCCGUCAGCAGCUUCUACCUGGACAUACAGCCUUCCCCAGACCAGUCAGGUCUUGAUAUCAAUGGAAUCAAACCAGAACCAAUAUGUGACUACACACCAGCAUCAGGCUUCUUUCCCUACUGUUCCUUCACCAAUGGAGAGACUUCUCCAACGGUGUCCAUGGCAGAACUAGAACACCUUGCACAGAAUAUAUCUAAAUCACAUCUGGAAACUUGCCAAUACUUGAGAGAAGAGCUCCAGCAGAUAACGUGGCAGACCUUUCUGCAGGAGGAGAUUGAGAACUAUCAGAACAAGCAGCGGGAGGUGAUGUGGCAGUUGUGUGCCAUCAAAAUCACAGAAGCUAUACAGUACGUGGUGGAGUUUGCCAAACGCAUCGAUGGAUUUAUGGAACUGUGUCAAAACGAUCAAAUUGUGCUUCUCAAAGCAGGUUCUCUAGAGGUGGUGUUCAUCAGAAUGUGCCGUGCCUUUGACUCUCAGAACAACACCGUGUACUUUGAUGGGAAAUAUGCUAGCCCUGAUGUCUUCAAAUCCUUAGGUUGUGAAGACUUUAUUAGCUUUGUAUUUGAAUUUGGAAAGAGUUUAUGUUCUAUGCACCUGACGGAAGAUGAAAUUGCAUUAUUUUCUGCAUUUGUACUGAUGUCAGCAGAUCGCUCAUGGCUGCAGGAAAAGGUAAAAAUUGAAAAACUGCAACAGAAAAUUCAGCUAGCUCUUCAACACGUCCUACAGAAGAAUCACCGAGAAGACGGAAUACUAACAAAGUUAAUAUGCAAGGUGUCUACAUUAAGAGCCUUAUGUGGACGACAUACAGAAAAGCUAAUGGCAUUUAAAGCAAUAUAUCCAGACAUUGUGCGACUUCAUUUUCCUCCAUUAUACAAGGAGUUGUUCACUUCAGAAUUUGAGCCAGCAAUGCAAAUUGAUGGGUAAAUGUAUCACCUAAGCGCUUCUAGAAUGUCUGAAGUACAAACAUGAAAAACAAACAAAAAAUAUUAACCGAGACACUUUAUAUGGCCCUGCACAGACCUGGAGCGCCAACACACUGCACAUCUUUUGGUGAUCGGGGUCAGGCAAAGGAGGGGAAACAAUGAAAACAAAUAAAAGUUGAACUUGUUUUUCUCAUGCAUAUGAUUUCCAUUAUGCCUACAGAUAUGGACCCUUUUUCUGUCUCGACUUCUUGAUCAUUGACCUCUGUUUACAACAGAAGGAGGGUACUAAAGUUGGAAGAUUUCCUUUUCUUGUAGCUCACUGCCCACAGACUUUCUGCAGAGUCACCAAUCUGUUAGUAACAAGAGAGUCCAGCAAUAAUCGGUGACCGGUGUGCAUAGCGGAGGUUGCAGCAUUACUUUGCACAACUUGCUCUUUGUCUCAUGAAGGAAGUUUUUAUUUUUUUUUUCACCGAUUAUUGCCAGUCAGCAGGAUGGCACGUAAAGGGUCCAUAGCACUAGCAACAAUAGCAUUAUAAUAUAUUACAGGGUAAAUGGGCAUGAAGACUAUAUAUAGCUAAAAGAGAUAUUGUUUAUAUAUUGUUUUAAUUAAUAUAAAAUGUAGUUACUGGUGUAGCUUUUCCUGUUGAAUUGAUAAGGCACUUUCAUUUUGCACCUUUUUCUUUAAAUUAAAUGCUAGCGUGUUCACUGUCGUGUCGCAUGUGCACCAGAAACACAAGUUUUACUGAGAAGGCUUGGAAGGUACGUCGGGAGGUAUUUAUGCUGCUGUUUACAAAAUUACUUUCAAAAGACUGGCUGGUCAUAUCUAGAAAUCACGAUGUUGGAUUAUUAUUUUUUUACAUGUGAAUUUGGAAUUAGAAACUGAACUCUCCCUAAAUUACACCUUGCAUUUGGGUAAGUUUAAGGAUAGAUGUGUUUAUGCUUCAUACAAAGUUGAAUGGUUGAUUGGUGCUGUGGACUUAUACCAUCAUGAAUAUUAUUUUUUAAAAAGCUUUUUUAAAUGCCACCUAAAGGAGGCAGAGGAGGGGAGGCUCGUUUUAUACAAUUCAGUAGUUAUAUAGACUCAGCCUCAACUUGGAAUUCGUAUGCUUUGAGAACAAAUCAGUAACCAGAAUAGUUUAUUGGAAUCUAGCUUUGAUUAUAAGAAGGACCCAAAGAUUUAUAUGUGGAGCAAACGCACACUCCUCACAUGAGGACAUAAAGCAUUUACUCUGUGAAAGUUUAUGUUCUUGGUGUAAUCUAGGAACUGUAAGGGUUGAUCUCAGAGUGAACUAUUUCUAGACUAGCUGCCUCUAGAUGCUAUAAUUCUAGAACGUUGCUCUCCAUAUUUCAUAGACAAUGAAUGAGAGGGUGAGGGAGGCAUACCAUGUUGAAUUAGUUUCUGUUAUUUAAAUAUUAAAUAUUUUAAGCCUUUAAAGUGAAGUCAGUGCUAACUGCAAACAUGUACUUUUGUAUUUAUCGUCGCUAGAAAACUGUGGACUAUAAUUUAUUUCAUUAAAUAUUUAGAAGAUUGUUUGGUUUGGUGUUCAGGUGAGAUAGAGUGAGGGUUGUGUGUUUUUUUUAAUUUCAUGAAUUUUCAAAAAUAAUUCCCAGUGGGGGAAGGGAGAAGGAACUGUCUGACACACAAGUGAGCAUAUUUUAAAAAUAAGUGACCUUUGGGAUGGUAGGCAUUGAGAUGCUGAUUUCAGUCCCACUCGGGGUAGGAGUCAAACUUCUGGUCUGACAUCAAAGGCCACGUUUGUUCAGUAAAGGGGACAUCCUCCCGUCGUGCAAAGGCGGGAGUUUCCGAGAAGCCCUUUCUAGUGGAGAAAGUGUCUCCUGGACCACCAGGGCCCUCCUGACUCUCCCGUGGGGACUGUGGCUCCUGGUGUCAGGCUGGAUCCCAGCGCAGGCUUCCCAGAGCCCUCCACUCUGCUCAGACCUCCGCUGACUUCCCGACUUGCUUCCUGAGGGACUUGGAAAAGGAGAAGGAAUUAUUCACACAGAAGUGUGUAUGAAGCCUAAAUGACAUCUAACUUUUUCCCCCAAAAAAAUAUAGUAAGGGUUUAACCAUAAAUAGAAGACAAGAGUAUUAUUUACUUAAAUUUCUUACAAGCAUAUAAAACUUUAUGAGUGUUUAUAUAGAGAGGUUAACUAUAAGCAUAUAGUAUUUAUAUUUGGGCAGGAGGGGUUAAAGCAAAUUUUUAAUUUAAAUAAGCAUAGUUCCUUUAAAGAGCAAUAGUAUUUAUACUCUGAAAAAAGUACCAAGCUUAGUUCAGUUAUUUAUUUGUCCGUGUUUCUCCUAUUGUUUCUCCUUUGGGGAGAAAUGGUGUAUUUUUAUUUUGGUUUGGUUUCGUUUCCUUUGUUUUCUGUCGUUCUGAUUCACUAAAUUUGGGGAUGGUUUUAUUAAAAUAUAUUAACUUCUUUUUAACCAAAGCUUUCUGAAUAUGACCAGCCUCAGGUGCUAGCGCAUUAAAGAGCAACUAAACCUAAUUCCAGUGUCCAUUUAUGAAAUGAAAAGAGUUCAUUGAACUUCUCUAGGGGUGAGAGAGAACAUAAUGUUGAACUUAAAAGAAAUUCUUUUUUCCAGAAAGGAUUUUGCAUGUACAUAAUGCAAAAAAAAAAAGAAAGAUGCUCUAAUCACAGUAAUAGUCACACCAUGGUGACAGUGCUCUCAGAGUAAACCGAGAUACAUUGACAUGAUGCUGCUACUAGAUCUUUGAGAAAGAAAAGCAAGUGUGGACUUUAAGAGCAAAUUACCUCUAUAGGGUAGGAACAAGAUAGCAGAGGCAUGCUCGGUGGCAGGAGGGAACAACUGACUAUUAUUUGGAUCAAAGUUGGGAUCUGAAGUUAAACAAUAAAUUCAGCUGACAAAAUAUGACGUAUAGAAAAGGAUGUGAAAAACUUUGCAUUUGCAUUCUCUUCCUUAUUAUAGAAACACCUGUGUGAUGAUACAAAAUAUUUGGUGAUACAGAAAAUUAUUUGUAAUAGUUCUUAUAAAGCUCCCUAAACUUAAAUAGUCCUUUGAUUAUUGGAAUCACGUCAUUGUCAUCCCAGCUGCUAUAAGGCCUUUUGUACAAUGUUUUACAUCAGCUAAAUGAGGCUUUUGUACAAAGUCCCAAUAUCAUCAGUUACAAUGGUGUCCAAAUGGUUGCAUUCCAUUGUGAAGAAACUGGCCUUGGUCACAAUGAAAUCAAAAGUGCAGAUGAAAGUGCUUUUUUGGGACAGUUUGCAAAUUGUGUUAAAGCUAUGGAUUUUUUUUAAGUGUUCAGCAUCCUAAUUUACGUUAAAGCUAUGGAUUUUUUUUUAAGUCUUCAGCAUCCUAAUUCACCCUUCCUAACUUAAGGAAAACAUGACUUAAGACACUGCUUCUAAGUUUGGUUGUUCUUUAUAGUGUGGAUACCCAGAUGUCUGUGAGCGUAUAGGGGUGGGCUGAGGGUCAAGUGAGGAGGGAGUGAGUGUGUGUGUGUGUGUGUGUGUGUGUGUGUGGUUUUUGUGUAUGACCUGCGUGUGUCAGACCGCUUCUAGGCUACUACGUGUCAAUGGAAAAGAAAAUGUAUUCAAAAUACUUAAAUCAAAAAACUAGAAGAUGGGAAUAAAAAGAUUUAUUCUAUACAAAGCCUUGUCUGGACCACUUUAGAGAGACUUCUAUUUUUUUAACCCUUCUAUAAAUAUUUGAUGGCACUUGAAAUAUUCCUGCAAUAAAAUGUGAUUUGUGUAAAGAAAAAAAAAAGAUUUUGUAAUGUGAAACAAAGAAAGAAAGUAAUGUAAUUUUCUAAAAAAAAUACAAACAAACAAACUUUGUAUUAUUUUCUUGAUGGAAUUUGUCUAUCUGUCUUUGGAAAACUUUUUAUUUCAUUGAAUGUGCCAUAGUAGAAAUACGUGUUUUUAGUUUUAGACUAAGGAAUAGCUGUUUGUGUUCCGACAUUCCAAAAUGCAAAACAACCUAGUAGAAUCUUUAAUGAAAAGGUUUAAGUAGGAUGUAAGCUUCUCUCAUCGUUGCUUUUUUGCACAUGUUCUUCAUUCCUCUCUAGUGCAAUAUGUACAUAGAGCACUCGCGGGUGUACCUUGAUCCCUCAGGGAAAAAUACAUAUUUGUACAGUUGUUAUUAUUGUUGUUUCUUUUUGUUUUUGGCUAAGGAAUGUCGACUGAAUCACUUGUUAUUGUUGAGGGGCAGCCAGAUAAUAAUCCUAAAGCCACUGUUUCAAACAUUGAUUGUUUAAAUCAUGUGUCCUUCCAGUGCUAUUAAGAUACUAAUAAUAAAAAGUUAUUUUCUGACAGUUCUUUGUGCUGAUUGGUGAA